ACUGUGCGAAUGUGCCCUGGGGAGGGAGCUGUCCUUAGCCAAUUAUCUUUGUAUCCUUGACGGCGUGCUGUAAUCGCCCCGCGUUUGACAUCGGCUGUAAAUGGCCACAUCAGCAGACAGAUAAUCAGUUGGACACAGAGGACCGUCUUCCUGCCAACUCUGGGGCUGCUAUAAAAGGGGAGGCCAACAGGAGCCCUCAGAUCCCUCCAGGCCGGCCAGAGCGGUAGCACUGCCAGCCCAUCACAGUCAUGGCGUUCAAUGGCACCUGGAAAAUUGAACGCAGCGAGAACUAUGACAAGUUCAUGGAGCAGAUGGGCAUCAAUAUGGUGAAAAGGAAGCUGGCGGAACACGACAACAUGAAGAUGGUCAUCGAGCAGACAGGGGACAAGUUCCAUAUCAAGGAAUCCAGCACCUUCCGCACCAAGGACAUUGACUUCACCCUGGGCGUCCCAUUCGACUACUCCCUGGCCGAUGGCACCGAGGUCUCAGGCACCUGGGAGCUGGAGGGGGAUGUGUUGACGGGGAAAUUCACCAGGAAAGACAACAAUAAAGUCCUGAACACCACCCGGGCCCUGGUGGGGGGAGAACUGGUUCAGAGCUACAACUAUGAUGGAGUGGACGCCAAGAGGAUUUUCAAGAAGGCUUAAAGGGAAUGUUCAUGAAUUUCCCUGAAGAAUGUGUUUGUUUUUUACCUUAACAUGCCAAAUGUAAACUAUAAUAAAAACAUGGACAGUG